AUGGCAGACGCAAGUGCUUCUUCUCCCUCCUCCGCAGUGGCUUCUGGGCCGGCUACGCCUCGCUUCGACUUCUACCAAACGGACACGGUCGUCACCAUCUCCAUCUUUGUCAAAGCGGCGUCGCAGGACAACCUGCAAGUCGACAUUGCCGAACAAUCGCUCCACGUCAAAGCCGUGUCCUCCAGCACUGGCUCUGAGUUUGUUCUACGCAUUGAUCCGCUGUUCUCCAAAGUGGAUGCUACGAGCUCGUCGUACAAAGUGCUCUCGUCCAAAAUCGACGUGAUCCUGCACAAGGCACAACCGGGCACACGAUGGAUCCAGUUGCAGGCAGGUUCGUCUCAGCAAUCGGUCAUCUCGGCAGCUACGCCCACGUACGCUGCUAGCCAGGCCACAGCCGCAGCCGCCUCCAAGCCUGUGCCCUCGAGAACCACAUCCAAAUGGGACUCGUUCGACCCGGAUGCCGACGAAGAUGUUAGCGCAUCGGCAGGCGCGGAAUCGAGCAACACGGGCGAAGCAGACAUCAACAAAUUCUUCCAAAGGCUUUAUGCAGAUGCAAACGACGACACACGCAGAGCCAUGCUGAAGAGCUACCAGGAAAGCGGCGGCACCACCCUCUCCACUGAUUGGGGUAAAGUCGGCAAGGAGCGCGUCCCGACUCAACCGCCGGACGGCAUGGAGGCCAAGAAAUGGUGA